AAGCUUGGCUCUACGAAAUAAAGAAAAUGAAGAGGUUAGCGUCACUUCUAUAGUGUUGUAUUGUGGUAGGCAGCCCAAACAAAGUCGUUGGCGGGAAUACCAUUUUUUUCCGUUAUAAACCCACUAUCGAUAGUGUUGAUACCUCUUGUCCAAUCGUCCAAUCAUAGUCUUUCAUUAAGUUGUCGAGAUUGUAUGUAUUUGUUCUGUUAUCUGUUGUUUGUCGUUCGAUGGUUCACUGUUUUCUUUCAUUUACUUGAAUCCCGCUACACGGUUGACUUCUCCAACGCGGUAAACUCAUUUAAGAUAUUUUCAUUGACAAGUCUUCGAUAUGAAUCCCAGCCCAAACAAAGUCACUGAAAAUGAAACAGAUUCUAAUUCUAAUCAUAAAGAACAAGAAAAGAAAAACCAGGGCUAUGUUGUGGAAAAGAUUUUAGACAAGCGUAUUAAAUAUGACAAGGUGGAAUACUUUCUCAAAUGGAAAGAUAACAGUGAUACGGAAAAUUCUUGGGAACCUAUUGAAAAUCUUGAUUGUGAAGAUUUGAUUAAAAACUAUGAAAAAAGUUGUGUAUCAGAUGCUGGUCCGCCUAGAGGAUUAUCUGUUCUAGAUGAUUUAAUGGAGUGCUGCGAUAGUUUUGAUGAGUCUGAUUAUAAUAAAACUAAUUAACUGUUUUAAUGGGAAUAAGAUUGAUGAGUUUAACUUUUAUUUUAUAUCAAAUUUUAUAGUAAAUAUCUUAAUUUUUAUUAUUUUUUUAUUAUAUGUAACAAGUAUGCCUUGCAGAUAAAAAUAAAAUAC